UUUGACUGACCCUCAUGUGUGCAUGUUGACAUGUGUACAAAAAUAAUAGUACUCUAGCUAACUAGCUGCUAUGUCGUCUAUGAUGCUGCUGUUAGCUCAGUCUAUCUAGCCGAGAGUUAGUCGAAAGAUUCCUAUCGACAAGCUACGCAAGAGGAGCCACGACCCAAGGAGAGACAGAAGACGAAGCCUUUGUUUUGAUCUUGCCCACCUGUACUAAAACACCUUCGGACCUUAUUAUCGCGACUACACAACGACAAAUACUGCUAUAAACCGAAAGAACUCCACAAGAGCUGAAAACAUUGUGUGGACAGAGCUAGAGACACAUUCCAUAGACUCACACCAACAAGGCACUGAAGCUUAGGGCAGUAACUGAAGCUUCUCAAUUAGUAAACCCGGUCUUUAAGUGGUUCUCUACAACAGCUUUGUGUUCCACUAUCGUUCAAUACUACCCCUUCAACCUGUGAGGAGAAUGACAGACAAUAGUAGACAGCAAGAGGACCGGUCAAGUGUGAUGAAUGGGCCACCCAGCUCUAACCCCCAACUCCAGGCUGGACUCAUACCUCAUUUUGCGAUGGCGUCUGAUUCGUCAAUGGGACUGACAGCACACCACUCUUUGGCGGCUUAUGGGAUCAUGCAUCAUCAGCCAAUUGGUAUGGGACGGGUCCCCUCAAACCCUCCUAACGACAUGGGACCUCCGAUAUUCAUGCCAUCUCUGAACCUUGGAGUACCUCGUGUGGCUACCACCACAAUGAACCAGGCAACCAAACAGAACUCUCUCAACCAGCCGUUCAUGCAAGAUGUUCCCAUGGGGUUUCCCCCCCAGUCACUUAUCUUUCACCCCUCUCCUGUGAGACAAUCUAGUCAGCCUCCUUAUCUCUCCCCAAGCUCCCCUGUCAACAUCAAGCUGGCCACCUCUAAGUCUGGAACUACCAAACCUAUGGCUACUAAAACUCAAGUAGUACGACCCACACCCAAACAGCCCACCAGUACAUCCCUCAACACUAAGCUGACCAAUGUUGCUGUUUCUAGGCCGAAAGGAGAAUCUCCUAUCAAUCAUGUAACUUAUGCCCCCGGCUUGUACAUGCUUUCCACGGUGUCUCAGAAAGGGAGCAGCACUCUCUCCAAGAUGCUCAUGAGUCCUGCUCACCAACAAACAAGUGUGGCCUCAAGCGCUCAACAAAAGGGAUCAAUGGAUGUAGGUGGAGCCUUUGUCCAGGAUACAACAGCUGUACCAACAUCGUCAUCCAUUGGUGAUGGUAAAGGAGCUGCACUGUCUGAUGGUUACCCUGGGCGAUUAUCAGAUCAUGUCACCACCAGUGGACAAUCCACCUCUAUGACUUCCUUCACUGACACAAAAAAUGAGAGGCCUCCUCAACCAUCUGCUGCUUACUCCCCCUCCUCUCAACCUCUCCCACAAGUGGGCUUGGCAAACAAGGACAAGUCCAACAUCAUCAUCAAGAAGGGCUCUAGUUUGACUGGGCGACACAUUGCAGCCAUCACAAACAACAACACUCUCCAACCCACCAGUGUAGGAAGCAUGCAACCAGCCUACACACAGGGCUCUGUUCCUCAGACUGUAGACUCGGUUAAAACAGAGUACGACCCCGCAGACACUGGUUGGCAACAUCUACCCCCGGAACAUGCUAUCAUGGCAACUGAAAAUCAAACUAUUGGCAAUCAAGGAACUGGCAAAACCUUAGGAGGCAUGUCUGUUCCCACGGUGAUGGCUCCCGGAGUGCUGGAUAUCUCUACAGUUACUCACAGUCCUGGAGGAGGCAAUCUACCUGGCUCACCUGUGAGACCUUCUGGCCUGCUACACCCACAAGGAGUGGGGACCUCCCCCCGACCACAAAUUUUGAGGAAAAGGACUCUCGAUAGCAGCUUGUCUCAGGGGGAAUUCCCUCUGGUUCCCCUGAGUCCCACCUCUGAUGGGGGCGUGGCACCUCUCAACCAUGUAGGGGGACGCUCUGAUCCUGGCGAUGUGUCAGCCUCUCCAAGAAAAAAACCUCGCAAACAAAACAUGGUUGCCAAUGAUGACAUGUAUGCAUCAAAUGUCCCCGACUCUCUUUCGUCGUCUUCUGCCUCCUCAUUGGACACACCUCUCUCUGUGGAGGGGUCAGAAGAAAGUGGAAGGACAUCUGGCUCAAGCAAAAGCACUCGCAGCAAAAAAGAAUCAAUCAAAGAUGGUGCCCCUAUGGAAGUGGAGAUCAGAUAUUUGUCUCAGUUGCGCAGAUCUCCGUACCCAAUCAGCUCUCUCCACAAAGUGUGUCACAAGGCGCCUCACAAUCACUUCAAGCAACACUCUGACAUCAAACGCAAAGAUGAGAGUAGACUGUCAGCAGUGGAGUUGGCCAGUGAUCGCUAUGCUCUGCAGCGAGCAGAGGGCUGGAGAGUCCACCAUGUACUCAAACAGGUCAAGGAAAUGUCGAGUGUGGAGCAGGAGCUACUGGAAGUGGCUGAGAGUUUGCGCUCAUUCUCGGAUGACAUGAAGGCCAGCAAAAAGUGUGUGAUCGAGACUGAGUACUUGGACAACUUCAAGGAACUCGUUGAGUGCAACUCAGUAAGAUCAAGUAGGAUACUAUCCCAUAUGGAAAGCACCAGGGCUAAGUCACUACAGCUGUUGGAGCACCGGCCCCAAGUGACAGAGCUAUUGGUAAAGUGCAGUCCCCCCUCCCCCCUUCUUCCUCACCUCUUCACAAAUCACCACACGACAAGUUGAUGGACGGCCAAUCACUUAGGCCACACUCUCGAUACACAAACUGCCAGUGGAUUAUCUUUUAUACAGUGAUGUCUGUUACACCCUACCCUUACAUAAUUUCUAAUUAUCUCGCAUACUAUUCAGUGAACACUCCACACAUGUGAAUUCUUUUCUCUGUUGUGUUGGCAAUCUUAUUAUUUCUCAUG